CUUCGAACGGAAGAACAUAUGUUUAGCCAGUGGCGCAUGCGUGGUCACCGCUUCCGCAACGUACCUAGCCAUCUUUCCAAGUCAAGCAAAAGUGAUUGUUUUCAACCUUACUCUUAUUUAACUGAACUUUUAUUAAUGUCAGAGCCACAGUCCGCGCUAUUGCUACGAAAACAAUUAGCAGAAUUAAAUAAAAACCCAGUAGAAGGGUUUUCAGCAGGCCUCAUAGACGACAAUGAUAUAUAUCGAUGGGAAGUGCUUAUUAUUGGACCUCCGGAUACCUUAUAUGAGGGUGGUUUUUUUAAAGCACAUUUACAGUUUCCAAAAGAAUAUCCACUUAGGCCACCAAAAAUGAAAUUUAUAACUGAGAUAUGGCAUCCAAAUAUUGACAGAAAUGGAGAUGUUUGUAUAUCAAUAUUACAUGAGCCUGGUGACGAUAAGUGGGGAUAUGAAAAAGCAUCAGAACGGUGGUUACCAGUUCACACAGUCGAGACUAUCUUGAUAAGUGUUAUUAGCAUGCUUGCAGAUCCUAAUGAUGAAAGUCCUGCUAAUGUGGAUGCCGCCAAAGAGUGGAGAGAGAGUUAUACGGAAUUUAAACGAAAGGUGGCGAGGUGCGUGAGAAAAAGCCAAGAGGAAUGUUUGUAGGGGAUGAACAAAUAUUCAAAUGGAAAGACUUAUUUAAUUCUGGGAAGCCGUAAGCACUGUAAGAAAGAAACCGAUGCUCAGCAUAAAGCUAACGGAUAACAGUGCCACUAAAAGCGGAAUAAGCCUGACCCAUCCUUACGCAGAAAGAGAGAAAGAGAGAGAGAGAAUGAGAGCGAGAGAGAGAGAGCGAGCGAGAGAGAGAGAGCGAACGAGAGAGAGAGAAUGAGCGGGAGAGAGAGAGAGCGAGAGAGAGGGAGAGAGAGAGAGAGAUAGAAUGUGUGUAAACACGAGAGAAAACUCACGCAGCUCUUUCAUGUUUAUUAAACCACCGCUACCGACGUACGAUCCAGCGAGACGGAGAACAUAAAAAAAUACACACGCAGUUCACCUUUUACAUAAUAAACAGCUAAAGAAAAUUAAUUUACACGUAUACAUAAUGCAAAAAAUCAUCUGUACGAUUACUACCUUAAUAUUAAUAGUUAUUCUAAACUUAACUCCCCCCCCUGUGCCCCUCCUAUGCUCAAGAGCGACCCUAAACCCCUUUUGCCCGAAACUUGUAAUUUAAAAAAAAAAACGAAAGAUACGUUUACGUUUAUCUGUCAAAUAAUUUCUUAGUGUCGUUUCGUAUUUUCUUACUUUCGUAAAUAUAUAUAUGUAUAAAUAAAUUUUUUAUAAAGUCGAGAGACAGGACACAUGUUACAGUUGUAUGAAAUUGUCGAUGAGGGAGAAGAUGAACUGCAUACGAAUUACUGUGACACUGCAGUAAGAAUAAUGUCGAUUAUACGCGACGGUAAUGUAAAAAUAUAUAUUAAAUUUUCAUCGAAUAUCGUGAGUUGCCAAAAUAAUUAAUUCUAAUUCAAGUGAUAAUAACGAUAAUAUUGUUAACGUACCAAUUAUAUAGUUAGUGCUCUCCAUAACAAAA